GCUCUUCCUUUUUUCUCCCCUGCAGCCGAACAAGAAGCAAGCUUUCGACAGCCCUCCCUUGAAGAAAAAUCGAGAAAAUCCUAGAUCUGCUCUAAUCCUUCCUCCCGUCCGUCUGCUGCUCCUACUUUGUGGGGGCAAAUUGCUUUGGUUUUUGUAGAUUUCUUGAUUUUUUUCUCCCCAAUUCCCGCUGGCUUCCUUUAGCUUGGAGCUCCGGUUUUGCUGGGAAAUUUCUGGUAUGUUGACAGCUCUUCCAAGCCCAAAAUUUCAUCAAUUAGUUGCUGAAUUUUGUCCAUUUAUUUGUUGCCUUGUGUGUCCAAAAAUCUGCUGGAAGAGGGAAGAAUUUCGGCAGCAAUAGGUUGCCUUUUUUUUAGUUUAAUUUAUGUAGAAUUUCCUUGAGUUGGUUCCUGUGAUUUUGGAGGAAAAUCCCGAGUGUUUUAGCCCCUGUUUUUGCCAAGCCGUGCUCUUCCCUUUUGCCGUGGGAUUGGGAAACCAAAUUGGUGAAAUUUGGCUUUAAAACCUCUUGUUUAAGAGAUUUUUGGAUAUUAUGAUUUUAUUUGAAAAUAUUUGGACUUUGGGUAGAUAUACGGUUUUGAAUAAAAGUGAAUUAUAUUAUGGUUGAAUUUCGUGUGAAGCUCAUUGGUUAGGAAAUUUGCGAGAUUGUGCUUGGAAUAUUAGGUGCUGUUAUGGCUUAGAACACUGGGAUUGAGUCUUCCGUAUUACGGAUUUGAGGUAAGGAAAUUAUGGUAAUGCCCUUUGAUUUUAAAGCACAUUUUAGUUUGUUUUUGAAGUGGUGGCGGGACUAAACCCGUUUUACAUAAGUAUGACCGAUUUGAAAUGAAAUUAUUAUUCUUUUUAUUUAUUUGAGCAUGCCUACUUGGAAAUUAUUUAACUGCCCUGAUGAUCUGGAAAUUAUCUGUAAAGUAUGAUUUUCUGUUAACUUCUGCCUGUUUUGUCUCCGAUAUGGUCAUGUUAUUCGUGUGCCCGCUAGUGGGAGGUUUAUAAACGCUAGCACAUGUCGACAUGUUACUGAUAGAACCGGUUCAUUUCUGUUAUCUUGCUAGUGGGAUUAUACACUAAUAAAUCGUAUGCCUGUCAGUGGGAGGUUUAUAACACUAGCCAUGACCUAUAGAGGAGACAUCUAUUUCAUUUCCGUACUCGUACCUGUUUUUCGUAAUUAUACCGGUUAGCAUGCUAUAAGUUUAAUUAAGGGCUAUCCAUAUUUACUUACUGAGUUAUCUCAUAGUUUUUCCUUGUCCACCAUUUUAGGAAGCGAAGUCAAGGACGAGGAAAAACGAGGGGAGUGAUGAGUUAAAAGGCUAGCCACCUGUAAUUUGAUA